AUGACCUUUAAAAAACCCGCGGAAUGUUGGACUUUUGACGCAAUUGCAUCACACUACUACGACGACAACAUUUGCCGUACUCUCGACAAUAUUAAGAAGGAUCUUCAGCGACGUGCAAAAAUGGAAGAUUGUGAUGCUCAAAAAGCAGAAAAACUUCUGGAUUCCGGCUGGAAGCCAUAUUACUCUUGGUCGUAUGGAGAUGACUCUUGGUCGGUGCUUACGCGUCAUGGCACCAGCUGUAUUACUCUUGGUCGUACAGAUAUGACUCUUGGUCGCAAGAAACUCGCUACAGCCGUGAAGACUCGCGUAACCGUUGAUCAAAUUAGGAGCAAGGCCAUCACUUCAACCUUCGCUGAUGGAGCAGAAUCGAUGUCAAAAGUUCGUAAGGCGAUUCUUGACGACAUCGACUCCAUUGCAUUAAUAUCAACUGCUCUUGAAGAGCCUCUUAAGGAUUAUGAAGAGUAUGAGGAGGCUUUUGAUAGCACACCUGUUGAUUACAGUGACAAUUUGAAUGAAACUGACUUUUCUGAUUCGGAUCAUGAAGAGAAGUAUGAACCAAGUAAUAACUCUUCUAUUUCCUCUGAUUCGGACCAUAAUCAGAAAAAAAAG